GCGCCGGCGGCUCUGCGCACGCGCGGCGGCCGGGGCUGCCCCAGUGGGCGCGAUGGCCCCCGCCAUGCAGCCGGCCGAGAUGCAGUUUGCUCAGCGGCUGGCGUCCCACGAGAAGGGCGUCCGGGAGCGCGCGGUGAAGAAGCUGCGCCAGUACCUCAGCGUGAAGACGCAGAGGGAGGCAGGAGGCUUCAGCCAGGAAGAGCUGCUGAAGAUCUGGAGGGGGCUCUUCUGCUGCAUGUGGGUGCAGGAGGAGCCGCGGCUGCAGGAGGAGCUAGCCGACUCUAUUUCCCAGCUCGUCCACGUCAUCAACAACUUGGAGGCCCAGCACCUGUUCAUUGAGACCUUCUGGCGGACCAUGACCCGGGAGUGGAAGGGGAUAGACGGGCCACGCGUGGGCAAGUACUGCACGCUGGCCCGCCUGGUCCUGAGGCAGUCCUUGGAGGCUCUGAAGCGGAACGGCUGGGAGCCAAGUCGCGUCCAGCUGUUCCUGGAUGGGCUGGUGAAGGAGGUCCUGCGCCCCGAGAGCCCGUCUCCUGACGGAGUGAGGGCCCACUUCAUUGACAUGUACCUGGACGAGCUCUCCAAAGUGGGCGGGGGAGAGCUUUUGGCAGAUCAGAAUCUGAAGUUUAUUGACCCGUUCUGCAGGAUUGCUGCCAGGACCAAGGACCACACGCUGGUACAGACUAUAGCUAGGGGUGUUUUUGAAGUCAUUGUAGAUCAGUCUCCCUUUGUACCUGAGAGUGGCGGGGACCUCUCUGAAGAAGAGACUGCCGGGAACAAGGAGGUGUGGACGGAAGCCGCCAGGAGGAGGCCAGCACUGGGCAAAUGCCCCUCGAGGAAAGAUGGAACCUGUGACCAGAGAGAGAGGGACACCCGUGGGGCCCUGGAGGACGCUGGGCCUCCUCUCCAGUUUGACUACAGGGCUGUCGCGGAUCGGCUGCUGGAAGUGACCAACAAGAAAAACACCCCUCCCUUCAACAGGAAGCACCUCUGCAGGCUCAUCAGGAAGUUCCGGGACCUCUCUGAAGGGACUGGAGUCGUGGCUGUGGAAGAGGACGGUGGAGGCAGCGUUCCCGAGAGCAGACGCAAGAGGAAGAAUCCCCUCCCGCCUCAAGCGUCCGGUCCUGAGGCCGCGGCUGUGUCCCUGCGGCAGAACAGGGCAGAGGCCGCGGCGGGCAGCCCUGGGGAGGAGAGUGGCUCGGAGCAUCUCCCCGUCACCCCCUCCCCCAGUAAGAGGAAGCGGCUGAAGAAGAGCCUGCAGGCUCAGCGAGAGGCCCGGCCAUCGGGGUCCCCGCUGCAGGACUCGGCCCAGAGUGGCCCGGGCGCCACCAGAGGCUCCCCGGAAGGCAGAGCCCAGGCCCUGAAAAGGAAGCGGAAACUCGGGGCGCUCCUGGUCAAGGGCAGCAGCCUGCUCACGCUGGCCUGGCCUGCAGCGAGCCCAGCGGAGGCGGGGGCUGACCAGGCUGCCCUCCCCCGGCGCGAGAAGUCGCAGAACAGGAAGUCUGGGCCGGGCAGCCUCGACGUGCAGGGCCUGGCCCGGCAGAAGAGCGCCAUCUUGAAGAAGCGGAGGAAAAGGAGGAUGUCGGACCUGCUGGGGCCCGAAGGCAGGCCGACCUCAGCUCUGGGAGGCCGCGGGCCCCUCAGCCCCGUGAAGAAGCUGCUGAGGACCGAGAGCGACUUUGUGAAGUUCGACACGUCCCUCUCGCCAAAGCCCCUGUUCUUCAGGAAAGCAAAGAGCAGCCCCACGACCUGCCCGCCACGUCCUGCCGUCCAGCUGAACAGGACGCCGUCCAGCGCCAAGAGGGUCACCUUCGGGCUGAGCAGAAACACGACUGCAGAGUUCAAGAAGACGGACAAGAGCAUCUUAGUCAGUCCCACGGGCCCCUCCCGCGUGGCCUUCAACCCUGAGCAGAGACCCCUCCACGGAGUGCUGAAGACGCCCACGAGCUCGCCGGCCGGCACGCCCCUGGUGGCCAAGAAGCCGCUGGCUGCCACCCCAAAGAAGAGGCCGACGGCCAUGGAUUUCUUCUGAGGCGCGGGGGCCCCUUUUGGAAGACUGCUUUUGUACAGAGUAUUCUAUAAAUUAUAACUUUCUAAA